GAUGGCAAUUUGGAGAAGCGUUUUCAGUCGCGAUUAAAUGAGCGCAUUGUCAGGGUCGCUAGCUAUCUUUACGUGAGUGUGAAAAUAUGAUGAAUUUCGUUGAUGAGGAAUCAGUGCCACCAGAGUGGAUCAAUUCAGAUUUUCUGAAAGAAGUUCUUGAAUUUAAUGGAGAGCUUAAGGGCGUUUUGAUUGAUGAAUAUGAAACUGCUCCAGCAGUUGGUCCCUGUGACCAUUUCGCAAGUAUCAUGUUUCGAACGAAGAUCACUUAUUCAACGGACGAGAAGAAAGGCCAGACAUGCUCCGUCAUCAUCAAAGCUAUUCCAACUGUAGAAGGCAUGAAGUUGGAUUUUGUAACAAAGAACGAUUUGGAUUAUUUCGGGACGGAAAUUUUCAUGUAUUCAAAAGUCCUAGGGAAAUGCGAUGAAAUCUUGAAAAGUGCAGGCUGCACUGAUAAGCUGGUAGCAAAGAUCUUGUAUUACUCAGUGGAACCACGGAAAGUACUUGUUUUCGAAGAUCUGAAAGAGCUUGGGUACGCCAUGCCUACAAGAAUGCUUCCCAACGAAGAGGAUGCAAAGAUUUUCUUCACCAAACUCGGACAAUAUCAUGCGGCCGUGUUUAAACUGGAAAGUGAGGGCCAUGAAGGUAUGAAACGCAGAGGAACCAUGUUCAAUGCACCGCCCAUGAUGAUUUUUGACGGAGUUUCAAUUCUGUGUGAUGCAGUUCGUACUUUGCCUGGAUUCGAAAUCGCUGUGGAGAAACUUAGUCAGAUUACGCAUCUAAAGUUGUUUGAAAAAUGCAAACAGAUUCUAAACACUCCCGGUUCUUAUAAUGUUCUGAAUCACGGUGACUACCAUGUUAGAAAUAUGAUGUUCAAGACUGAUAAGGACGAGACCGUUGAACAAGCUGUCCUGGUUGAUUUCCAAAUGUGCAAUUGGGGCUCACCUGCAUUCGACUUAUACUACAUUGCAGCAGUUAUUCCGUACAGCAAGCGGGAGAAGCUCUUCAAGUUGUACUUUGAUACAUUCAUCGAUGUAUUGGUGAAAUCUGGGUUCCAAGGAAAUUUGCCUACGUAUGAACUCCUGCAAAAGGAAAUGAAGAGAUAUCAAUCUUUUGAUCUCCAUUUCUUAUGCACUUCAACAUUCUUUAUGACUUUGGAUCCUGGAAAAACAGACCCCGCUGAGAUGAUGAAACUUUUAUUCAACAAAGAGGUUUUAAUGGAACUUUGCACACGACCCAAGUAUCUUGCGUUCGUAAAGGAGCUAUUACCGAUUCUUUUGGAAGAUGGUGUCCUGGAUGAAAUUAUACGAUCAAAUUGAAUCAGAUAUAUUUACAUUUUUUUAAAAAAUAUCAUUUUAAUAAAAUAACUGGGCUAGCAUAAAAAUACACGGUGACUUGAUUCAA